GCGCGGCGAGCACCGAGGCCGGGAGGGGUGCGCGCUCCUCCCCUUUCCACUUCCGCUCCUUGUCUCUAUUCCAAGUCUCUCCGGCCGCGCUCGAGGAGUUCGACCAACAAAAAUAACGUGGAUGAAGCGCACGCCUUCAGCUUUCGGGGAGAAACUGGGUAGACCCACGGCGCGUCUCCGAGCCGCUCCACCCCCGGCGCGCCCCUGGGAAUGGAUCGGCCCAGCUCCUGGGGACAUCUGAGUUUUUGACGCUACAUCCUUUAGUCAGCCCCUGGAUGACAUGAGUGGACAUGACAUGGCACUCCGGGAGCACCUUGAGCCAAGGUUCAUUCCGCUGCCCAAGCAUUAUUCCUGAGUUCUGUGGGUGACCUCACAAUGCCCAGUGUGGCACCCAGACUCUGCCUGUAGUUGGUCCACCAUGUUGGCCACCCUGUGUCUGGUUAGUUUUUCUUUCCCCAUUCUGUGGGCCCAGACGUUAAUCAGCUGUUCCUACAAGAGUCUGUGCCAGAAGGCACUGCUCUCGGGCAAUGAUAUUGUCCUGCAUUGUGACCAUAAGGCGGCACUCUGGUAUUUUUCUUCCAUUCUUGGGGAGAAUAUCUUCUUGCUUAACUCAUGGCCUAAUAUAAAGAAACUGCCUGGGGGCAGCCUGCAAUUGACCAAGCCUCAACCCUCGCAGGCAGGCCUCUUUCGCUGUGAGGACAGUGCCAACGCCCUCAUAGUAGAAUAUGAGAUUGAUUUCCAGGAUGCCACCACCCUGCAUAUCACACACAAAGACCUGGGCCAAAAGCCCCUGCAGAAUGAAACUCUGAACCUAGGUGGCGAGGUAUUUAUUUUUACCCACUGGGAGCCCUGGCAGGACUGUAACCGCUGUGAGGAGCCAGGCGAACGCAAGCGCCUGGGGUACUGCUAUGUUGAGGAGCCCCCGGAAAAACCCAUGCCCUGCUGGCUCUACCUGAGGGAUGAGAAGGUGCAAUACAGCCGCUUGCGGCCCGAGAUGCAGGUGGAAAGAUGCCUUGUUCCCUGUGACCCCGGCAAGGAAAUCAAACAGCCAUUCUUCAUCUAUGACAUUUACCAGCUGGGCAAGUUGACCAACCACAUGUGGCUCACCUGCCCCUUGGCUUCCAUCUACAGGUGACAGGACCAGGACGGCAGCCCUACCUUUGGCCCUCACCCAAGCUUUGUUUCCUGUGCCCACUGGGUUUGCCCUCCUGUGGAAAAUCAGGCUUUUUCUUCCAGCCCAUAAGCUUUCAGGGUCAGUCUGGGCAGGAAGGGGUCUGCCCAGUGGCUGACUCAGAUGUUCACUGGGCAAGAAUUCCCAAAUGCUGCCUCUGAGCCGGGCCCUGGGUGAGUGAUCUUGGCACAGUGUGACAGCUUAAAAAUACCUGGUCUUUGCCCACACGGGCACCUGCCAUUCAAAUAUAAAACCUAGAGACCAACACACUCGGGCCCUUGCUCUUGCCCACAUAGACAAUUGAAUGGCUUCUGUCUCCUGACUUGACCCUGAUGAGCAUGAUUUGUCCAUCUUUGUACUAAGGCCAUCUGUUCAAUUAUCUUAAUGAUUGUGCUUUUUCAAUAAGUCAUGAUAUUAGCCAGUGAACAUGUUCCAAUAUUGUUCUGCAAGAUUCUCUUGGUUACUCUUGGUCCUUGGUGUAAAAAUUUUGGAAUCAGUAUGUAGUUUUCAUCCGCCCCAAAUCCUAUUUAAAAAAAAAAUUGGGACUAUUUUGAACCUAAAUAAAUUUGGGGUAAAUCAUUGUUUUACAAUAUUAAAUAUUGUCUUCCCAUCCUUGAAUAUGGUAAACGAUCCCAUUUAAUAUAUCUCAAAAAUCUGCAAUUAUUAAUGUAGAUGACUGACAUAUAUUUUAUUAUGUUUAUUCCUAGUUUUUCAUACUAUUAAAUUCUGAAAAUUUCAUCUUCGAGUUCUAUAUUACUUGUAUUUACAUUAUAGUUGAUAUUUGUAUAUGACCUUGUAUUUUGUUAAAUUCACUUGCUUUUAGUAAAAUAUCACACGGAGAAGUCUAUGGCGGAUAUACUUAUCUUAUUCUUAAUAUUUUUGUAUGGAAUACAGUUUUCUCUGGGUUUUCAUAGAAACACUUUAUUAAAUCAAGAAAAAUUUGCCUCUAUUCCUAGUUUGCCCAGAGUUUUGAGCCAUAGAUGGCUGUUGAAUCUUAUCAAAUGCAUUUUCUGCAUCUACUUGAGAUAAUAAUAAUGUUUUUCUUUAUUAUUUCAAUGUGGUGAAUUACAUUGAUUGCUGAUCAAGGAAUUGCUGUUCACAUGUAAACUCAAACUUUCCUUACAGGGAUAAACCCAAUUUGGUCAUGAUGUUCUUCUUUCUUUCUUUCUUUUUCUUUUUGCUUUUAUUUUUAUCAUUGGAUAAAAUUAAUAUUUGCUAUUA